GAGGUUCACGUUCGAGCAGAAGACACUUUUACAGCAUGGUAAAUUAUAAAAAGCUUGGAUUUUCUGGAAAGAGGUUGUGAGGAUGGUAACUCUAGACCUGCAGAUGUGUAUGCGCAGUCGGUUGCCUGUGUUUCCGUUUCAGAACGAAAUGUUCCAGCGUUCAAGGAUUUCUCAGCAAUAUGACGCAACCAUAUUCUAUCAGUCACUUCAACUUAAUCUCCCCAGAGAUUGCCAGACAACUUAGCAGAAAAGACGUCUCAGACCGGUCCCAAACAAUGGCUCUCUAACUCAUUCAUUCG